CUUCGACCAUCCACCACCGUCAUGAGUUCAUCACCGUACACUGUUCCCCCGCCGUCCUACCAGAGCAAGCAGCCCGGCAUUGAAGAAGAGGCGCGCCAGCCCCUCCUCUCCGGUUCACCCCGCGCGAGCACCAGCGGCGCCGCCAUCUACGACCAGCCCCUCGCCGGCGACAUCCCGGACGACUUCAAGUACGGCGUCACCGUGUCCGAGAGCUCGCUAGAAGUUCGGAACGCGUUUGUCCGCAAGGUUUACACUAUCCUCUUCUGUCAGAUUCUAGCGACAUGCAUCGUUUCCGGUGGACUGUCACAGUCUCCGUCCGCGAUCUUUUGGGUCCAGACGCACCCAUGGUCGUUCUAUGUCCCGCUCCUUGGAACGAUCAUCAACCUCGGUUUCCUCUACUGGAAGCGUCACUCACACCCUCUUAACUUCGUCCUCCUGUCCACCUUCACCGCGAUGGAAGCCUUUACCCUCGGUGUCGCGGUCUCGUUCUACGACAAUGUCAUCGUCCUACAGGCUCUGCUGAUUACGCUCGGCGUCUUCCUCGGCCUCACCCUGUUCACCUUGCAGAGCAAGUACGAUUUCUCGGGUAUGGGUCCCUGGCUUUUCGGUGGCCUUAUCGCGCUCGUAAUGGCUGGUUUCGUCGGUGUUUUCCUCCCCUUCAGCAAGACCACCGAUCUGCUCUUCGCGAUUGGCGGCACGCUCCUUUUCUCCGGUUAUGUCGUCUACGAUACCUACAUUAUCAACGCCCGCCUGUCACCCGACGAGUUCAUCAUGGGUGCCAUCUCGCUCUAUCUCGACUUCAUCAACCUCUUCCUCAACAUUCUUCGCCUCCUCAACAACGCCAGAUCCGACUAAACCCGUCUGAGCAGUGCACGAAAUCUUGAAAGAAGGGCAUACUAAUGAAUGGUUGAAUUCGGAAGCUAAAUUGUCGCUGCUGUUACUUGGCUAGGAUGAUGUACUUUUAUCGAUAUUGUGAUUACAUAUACUACGCUAAAAUUCCG